UGGAGCAGUGACAAAAAUAUUUAAUAGCCACGUGCUCGGGGUGAGUCAGCUGCUACGUGGUCUUGGAACCAAUUCUGUCGCAAAACUUACGACACAAUCCCAACCUAAAAUUGCAGGGCUCUAAAAGGAUUAUCGUGCAUAGUAUCGAAAGGCGCCGACCUUGGACCCUGCGAACGAGUGCGUGAAUUAAAAAAAAAAAAAAAAACGAGUGCUGAUUGCCGAUUACAACAAGUGUCCAAACACCGAGGUCAUGUCAAUGAAAUCUCCUACAACUUAUUCUCAAGAAGACUUGGACUUGAUAAAUUCAGAAAUCCCCAGUUUCGAUUGCUCCAUCCCGACAACUUCUUCUGAAGAUCAAGCCCAAAAAUCUUCUCCAAAUACCGACAGAUUCUUUCACAACUUGGAAGAAUUCCCAACUAACUUAAAUACCUUAAACAUCGACGAUUUGCAAAAUGCUUGCAGCCUCGACUUGAUAAAAGAAGUUUCCGCCGCAGCAAAGAGCGAGUACAUCCGAAAUGAAAAUUUGCCGAUUCCGGUCCAAGCUUUUGGAGAAUAUGUCAAUUCCGCCGCCACCGCCACAACAGUAGAUGAUGCUGCGAAAAACUUUCACCAAGGAGUCGAGAACAUCAGACUGCAGAGUGAGAGGAAAGUCGAGAAAACAAGUGAGCUCAAACUCAAAUCCGUGAAUCGGCGAGGUUUGAACUUCUUUCCAGGUGACAAAUUGGAGGCAAAAGACUUCAACGAGAAAUGGUAUUCAGCUCGGGUUGUUGAGACCGACUGGGUGGAAAGAGAGGUCUUGAUUCACUUCGACAAAUGGAGUUCCAGAUUUGACGAGUGGAUUCCCAUGGACAGCCCUCGGCUGCGCACAUUACAGGCUCAAUCGCGGGAAAUGAAGACGCGGGAUUUUGUCGCGGGGGAGAGAAUUCUAGCCACGUGGGCUGACGGCAGAAAGUAUCCAGCGAAAGUGAACGCCGUCUUGGGAAACGAUCGGUACGACGUUCUAUUUGACGACGGCUACGCCAAAAUUGUUCGAUCUUCGAAAAUGUCGAAAAUCGGCGGACCCAUGGACGAGCAGGACGACGGCGAGGACUUUAUUGGCAGCAAGGAGAAGCGCAAAGACAGAAAUAGAAAGUAUCAGGUGAUGGACCUCUUCCAAAGAAAAUCAAAGAAACUGAAUCCGGAGAAACAUUCGAGAAAGGGCCGACCGAGCAAAGAGGAAGUGCCGACCGAAGCACUCGUCGACAGUGGAUCUCUCUCGGGAUCGCACGACGAUUCUGGCACCGAAGUUCUCCACGGAUUUGACAAUUCCGAGAUCCCCAUAACCCCGAAAAUGAAGACCUAUUUGAAGAAAGACAAGAAGGAGGUGAUCGACCCGGAGCUGGACGAAAGCGUUAGACCUGAAUGGAUAGAUGGAGAGCCUCAGGGAAUAGAGUCCUACAUCGAAGGACCUCGUCGCUCCAUAAUUGUAGCCGACAAGCGAUUGCCGCCUGGAUGGCAGAAACACUUCACCCAGAGGAAGGCUGGCUCAUCAGCUGGCAAGUGGGACGUUCUUUUCAUCCACGAGUCGAGCGACAAGAAAUUCCGUUCGAGAAAUGACAUCAGAUCCUUCAUGGAGACCCAGGGCAUGCAAGACUUUGAUCCCUCGAAAUUCGACUUCUGCAUCCAUCGGCAGAAGAAGACUAAGCCCGAGAAAGCAAAGAGCGAGACUGAUCCUGUGAAGAAACGGAAAUCUUCUUCGGGAGCGAGGUACGCCUUUGUUCCUGAUUAUUCGCCAGCUCCAGGUUUCAGUACACCAACAUCCUCGAUGACACCAUCUUCUUCAGUGGACGACGGAGCCGUUUUUAUUGGUGGACUGCGGAUAGAGAUGGAGGACAGCUCCUACAAGUGUCCGAAAGAGGGUUGCUUGAAAAACUUCCGGAAGGAAAACCUCCUGCAGAUGCACAUCAAACAUUAUCAUCCCGAAUAUUCGAAAUUUCUUGGCUCAACGCCGAAUGUUGCGGAUUUAGCGUAUGCGAGAACAAUCGGAGAAUCUAUUGGCGAUAUCAUCCCGAAGCAGAGUCCCAGUUUCAUGGAUAAGAUCAAUAAAUUGGAGAGGAGGAAAGGAUCCCAUGAUAAAUCCCAAUUGCCCGUUUUACAGUCGGCUCUCUCGCCUUCCCAGAUGUUGCCGACUUCGAUGCCUUCGCCAACACCUCCGGUAUUGGAAGUCGAAGUCGGCCGACCCGAGGACUUGAGCAAUUUCCACCGGGACGAGAAACUUGAAUUGGGCUCUCCGAUCCGGGGACAUAACGAGAACGCAAAAGACAGUGAUUGCGCGAUGUCGCCCGGAACACUUUUCGACAUGAAACUUCGGGAAGAGAAGACCCAGACGGGAAUCAAAACUCUUCUGCCUGUUCGGCCAGCAGGCUCUGAUCAGAGAUUUGAUAGAUCCAAGUCUCUGGACGAGGUGGUUCAUAAGGAGCGAGGAAGGAGUCAGAGAAAGCGUCACAUGUCCGAUUAUCAUUCAGACGCUCUGAGUCGGGCGAAGAAGAAGCAACAUCUGGAUCUUUCAGACAACCUUGAUGAUGCAUCAUCCAAUACAAUGGAUUCGGAAGGCCGGCCAACAACGUAUCGUUUCAGUCGGAGGAAGCAGGAUAGCCCGAAACAUGUCGACCUGAAUAAGACUAAAAGCGGAGAAACGACUCUGUUGGUGAACGGGGAAAUGGUGAAAGUGGAACAGCUUCGGAGGGAAGAGAUCAUAAAUUGUACGUGCAAGAUUGGAGAAGAAGACGGUUUGAUGAUCCAGUGCGAUCUUUGUCUUUGCUGGCAGCAUGGUCACUGCAACGCAAUCGAAAAGGAGAAGGACGUGCCCGACAAAUACGUCUGUCAAAUUUGCAGACAUCCCUAUCGACAGAGGCCAUCGAAAAAAUAUCUCCACGAUCAGGAGUGGAUGAAGGGAGGGAAACUGCCGAGUCUCCCGGAUCGAACCAAGAAUGAACUGACAAUCCAGCAGAGAACAGCGAUGCUGAAACGCUCCUACGAUCUGGUGACUUCGUUGCUUCAGGUGAAAAGUCUACUGUACAGUUUACGAGUCAAGAUCAAUGUCGCUCAGAAGAAGGACCAUCCGAAAUUGUAUCUCUGGGCGAAUAAUUGGGAGAAGUUUGUCAUUCCAAAACCGGAUAUUACACCAGUACCUGUCUUGGAAGUUGUGGAGCAGACUGAUGAACCCAUUUCGAAGCCGGAAGUUGAUGAUGUGAAGGUGGAAAGUCAACCGAUUAAGGAAGAUCCGGAUGAUAAGUCGAUUGCGACGGAUUCCGAGUUGGUGAAGAUUCUGGAGGAGGGUGGCAAUCCUGAGGAGUCGAAGGUUGUGAACAAAAUUGAGAAUUCUGCGAGGCAGAGUGAAGAUAAUUUUCUGCUGAAUGCCCUGACGAAAAGCAGCGGAUUUGAAGAGAAUUUAAAAACAGAGGAUUCUAGUGAAAUGAUGGAUAAUGAAGAUAUGAAGAAGAGGACGUCUGAGGAAGCUAAAACGAUUUUACCAGAAAAUGGUGUUUCGGCACCGCCAGAGUUUUCCUCGCCGCAGACUAAGCGAUCAGUUGCUGUACCUUCACAACCAUUUAUUCCGGAACCGGAAGCUCCUAUUGAUCCCACGGAAUGUAGGAUGAGACUGCUCGAACAUAUUGACCACUUUGAGAAUUAUAUUUCCUCAAGAUUGACGUCCAUCGAGGCACAAGUUCAGGUUUUGGAAGGAAUGGAUCCUGCCUCAGCAACAGAAUUGGAAACUCAUCCUCGGACUAAGCAGACUGUGCAAAUGUUGCUUAGAGAUUUAAGCACAAUCAGAAAACUCGCAGCGUUAUGUUGAUAUUGAAUUUUUUUCUGGUUUAUACAGUCACGUCUAGUUGCAAUUAGCUGGGGAAAGUGGAGGAGGGUCGGAACUGUGAGGCACAAAUUGUGCUCCGUGAAAGGGGCACAAUUUAGUAGAAUUUAGAUGUAAAGAAAUGUUGAAGGCAGUUUUUUGUCUUAGUGAUCUUAAAUCCUGAGAAAAUGAUGUAAUUAUGACAUUGUACUGAAAUAGUUGAAAUAGUUAAAGUAGUUACCUUUUGAUAAUUUUGGACUAAAAGCAUAUUCCUUUCUUCUUGACAGAGAGAACAUGAUCUUACUGUAUUCUCCUACCGAUAGUUAUAUUAUUUAUACUAAGAUUACGAUCGAGAUUUUAUAGUAUGCAUUAUUGCAUCGAAAUAAAGUUUUUCUCUUCCUGUA